AUGAAUAACCAAGGUGUAAUCUAUGCAGAAGUGAAACGUGCAAAGAACUCAGUAAGACAGCAAUUGACACCUUUGGGCACUGAAAGCUCCAUUUCGGUAACCCAGCAAGAAAUAACUUAUGCAGAAUUUGACUUUCAAAAUGCUUCUCAGGAUCUUCAGGGGAACAAGACAUGCCACUGCAAAGGCUUACCAUCACCAUGGGAGAAGCUCAUUGUUGGGAUGCUGGGAAUUAUUUGCCUUGUCUUGAUAUUCAGUAUUUUAGCAAUGAUCAUUAGUAAAGCCUUUUUUUGUCCAGCUACUGAACCACAAGAGCUGAACAAUUCAUCCUCAACAACAAUGACCCCAAAAGCACACCAUUGUGGCGGUGCAUGUCCAAAGCAGUGGUUAACAAUUUCCAACAACUGCUAUCACAUCAGUAAUGAAAAAAAAACCUGGAAUGACAGCAUAAUGGCCUGUGCUUCCAACAACUCUCAUCUGCUCUACACAGAAAAUCAGGAAGAAAUGCCCUUGACAUUGUUGAUGAUGAAGAUUCGACAACCUACGGUAGCAAAAUGUUUAAGUCAUAAACAAGUCAGAAGACACGAAUCAGGGAAAGUUUGA